CAAGAUGGAAUAUCAGAUUCCUUUAGAUCUUUCACGGACGCCAACACAAUGCCCCUCUGCUUCGAUGCCGAGCUCUUGGUUUCCAUCGACGAUGACCAGUUGUUGAAGAAGAAGAAGAAGAAGCAGAAGCAGAAGGUGGCGGAGUGAGGGCUCGCACAAGACACCACCCCAAGCCGAUUGCUUCACGCAACGAAGCGUCCCUCCAUGGAGAAGCCACAAGCUGGGUCGGCAGCGCAAGAGUGCACCGCUCCCUCCACCACCUUCGUCCGAGCCGACGCCACCACCUUCAAGGAGCUCGUCCAGCGGCUCACCGGCCCCAACGAGCGCGACGGAGCCCACCGCCCGGUCGUCGCCCCCGCCCCUCCUUCCUCCCCCACCAAGCUCUCCGGGCUCAAGCGGCUUCACGAGCGCAGGCAGCGCUCUCGGCCGAAGCUCACCAUCCUCAAACCGGGUUCCACGUCCAAGCCCCCUACCCCUGCCGUGCUGUCGCCUUCCGUGACGGGAGCCUCUGCGUCGCCUUCUGCUGACUUCGCCGGACUCAACAUAUGCGAGCACAAGGGCGUCGACGGGGCUGACGAGUUGGACGAAGAAGAGGAGGAGAGGGCCAUCAAAGAGAGGCGGUUUUACUUGCACCCGUCGCCCAGGUCUCGAUCCCGGAAUCCCGAACCUGAGCUGCUGCCUUUGUUUCCACUGACCUCCCCCGGGUCUCACCAAUCCUGAGAACUGCACAUUUAGUCACUGUGAUUUAGACUUCUUUGAAUGUGAUAUUACAGACAUGUUUUCUUAA